GGGCGGGGCCUGGCCGCCGCGGGGCCCACCAAUGAAAUCCGGAGGGGCGCGGGCUGUGCGCGUGACGCUGCGUAACGGGCCGCGAGGCUGGGGGCGGAGGGGGAGAGAGUCCGGCGCUUUAUCUGCGUUUGCGGCGGGGCUGGCUGCAGUGGCGGCUUCGACACCUGGAGAGUUGCCAGCAGCUGACCUUCCUGCCCCAGCGCUGUGACGGCUUCGCGGCUCUGCCCGCCUUGCGGAGGUCCCGGCUGCUGGGCUCCAGAUAGCACAAUGGUAGGCGAAGACAUGUCUCUAAGAAAACGGCUCUCAAAGUCCAGGGAGAGUCCAGAAGAAAAGGAGGACCAGGGGGACCCUACGCAGCAGUCUCCAGAGACAUCUACAAAUGGCAGGGUUGACAUAAAGCAGUUGAUAGCAAAGAAGAAACAGUUGACGGCAGAGGCAGAGGAGUUAAAGCCAUAUUUUAUGAAGGAAGUUGGCACUCACUUUGACGAUUUUGUGAGCAGUCUCAUUGAAAAAUCAGCAUCAUUGGACAGUGGUGGAUGCACUCUCACGACCUUUUCUGUCCUCGAGGGCGAGAACAACUACAGAGCUAAAGAUCUGAGAGCACCUCCAGAAUAUGGAAAGAUUUUUGUUUCAAGGCGAUCCCUCUUAGAUGAGCUGUUCGAGGUGGACCACAUCAGAACAAUAUAUCACAUGUUCAUUGCCCUCCUCAUUCUCUUUGCCCUCAGCACACUUGUGGUAGAUUACAUUGACGAAGGAAGGCUGGUGCUUGAGUUCAGUCUCAUGUCUUACGCUUUUGGCCGGUUCCCUGUCGUCCUGUCCACGUGGUUGGCCAUGUUCUUGAGUGUGCUCUCAGUGCCCUAUUUCGUCUUCCAGCGCUGGGCCAGGGGCUACAGGGAGAGCGCUUACCCCAUGGUCCACACUCUCUUCCACGGCUUGCUGUUCAUCGCCUUCCAGUUUGUGGUUCUGGGGUUUGGGCCCACAUACGUUGUGUUAGCAUAUAAGCUGCCCCCGGCCUCCCGCUGCAUUGUGAUAUUCGAACAGAUCCGUUUUAUAAUGAAGGCCCAUUCAUUUUUCAGAGAAAAUGUGCCUCGGGUGCUAAGUUCAGCUAAGGAGAAAUCAAGCACCGUCCCAGUGCCCACGGUUAACCAGUACCUGUACUUCUUGUUCGCACCCACCCUCAUCUACCGGGACAGCUAUCCCAGGACCCCCACUAUAAGAUGGGGUUAUGUUGUUACGCAGUUUGCACAGGUUUUCGGCUGCUUGUUUUACUUGUACUACAUCUACGAAAGGCUCUGCGCCCCCUUGUUUCGGAACAUCAAGCAGGAGCCCUUCAGCGCUCGCGUUCUGGUCCUCUGUAUAUUUAACUCCAUGUUGCCAGGUGUGCUGGCACAGUUCCUUGUUUUUUUUUCCUUUUUGCACUGUUGGCUCAAUGCCUUUGCUGAGAUGUUACGCUUUGGCGACAGAAUGUUUUAUAAGGACUGGUGGAACUCCACGUCCUACUCCAACUACUACAGGACCUGGAACGUGGUGGUCCAUGACUGGCUGUACUACUACGCCUACAAGGACUUCCUCUGGUUAUUCAGUAAGAGAUUCAAGUCUGCUGCCAUGCUAGCUGUCUUUGCCGUGUCUGCCGUGGUGCACGAAUAUAUUUUGGCUGUUUGCUUGAGCUUCUUCUACCCAGUGCUCUUCGUGCUCUUCAUGUUCUUUGGAAUGGCGUUCAACUUCAUCGCCAACGAUAGCCGGAAAAGGCCGAUUUGGAACGUCAUGAUGUGGACAUCCCUUUUUGCGGGCCAGGGAGUCCUCCUGUGCUUUUAUUCUCAAGAGUGGCAUGCGCGUCAGCAUUGUCCUCUGAAAAAUCCAACGUUUUUGGACUACAUCCGGCCCCGCUCCUGGACUUGCCGUUACGAAUUUUAGAAGCUUGGACUUGGUUCAUUCCUUGACACCGAAGGUCGGAUAUUCUGCCUGAUUUGGGGCCAGCGUCUCUUUCCAGCGGUUACCGAGGACACGCUUUGUUGUUUGGGCCACUCCAGACUUGACGGAUGACUCGCUCCGUUCCUGCGUCAUCUGAAGCUGAGCUGUUGGACACUUACUGGAGUUAUGUACACUUAAGCAGUACUUUGGGGAGGGUUGGGGGAGAAGAGAGCCUUAUAAUGAACGUGAUGACAGAUUUUUGCUGGGUCAUAUUAGCUUAAGCCUCAGAAAUGAUAUCUGUGUUGUUUUGUGACUAUCUAAUUAGAGACUAAACAUCAUGUUUUCUUGGCCACUGAAUUAGCCAAAACACUUACGAAGAAAUCAUUGAAAUACCUCUGGCUUAGAAAUUUUUUCAUGCACACUGUUGGAAUGAAUGUUGUUUAAGCAUGCAAUUGGGAAAGAAGAGAAAAUUUGGAACGUUUUGCUAUUUCCAGUAAAAAGAGAAAAUACCUACUUUCUAAAGAUAAUCUUAUUAUACAUCCUAAUUUUUUUUUUUUUUUUUAGUUUGGCUCUAUCCCAGUCUUCUUUUCACUAAACAGUGUAAGUCAUGGUUUCUGUGAAGCAAACUUUUACCUUUCACCUCAAAUUCUUGAGUUAGAUUUCAUGAUAGUAUACCUUGACGUGAACAGAAGUAAGAAGGGAAAGAGAAAGAAGGCACAGGACAAAAAAAUGUCUUUUUAUAACUUUCAAAGUAAUUUCUAAAAAAGACUUGCGGAGCCAAUCAUGUGUUUAAAUUACUUUAUCACAGAACUUAUGGGGAAAAUAAUUUUAAAAAACUAAAAGGUCAUAACUUUUAAGUUAUUUAGAAGUAUCCUUUGGUACAGUUAUUUCAUUGUCUAAUAAAUACUGACUUGAAUUAUUUUGCAGGCUAGUCAGUCUGUAACAGAAGUAUUAAUCACCUCCAUUAUUAUUAUAUUGAUUAUUAAAGAUCCAGAAGCUGGCUUCUGUAUUUGCUCAAUUAUUAUACUUUUAAUGGUAGUAGGGUUUAGGUGAAACAAAUUAUACUGUGUGAUCAUUUCCAAGAAUAUGUGUUCUAUUGCCUGGUGUUCCCGUGUUAUGACCCAUUGCUAAUACUGAGUGGCGCGGCAGAAUGAUUUUGUGUGUGUGUCUGAGGUGUGGUUUUGUCAGUAAAGACUGAGCAUUGCAAAGAAUAUCAGAGACCUUGUAUGCGGUUCAACUCUCCACCCAAAGAAGUAAGACUUACAGAUUAUUCAAGAGACGAUCGUUCACUGGAGCAGCCAGUUUGGGGGGCUCUCCUGGUAUUCUAGCAGGCCUACUGCUGUCCAGAAAUUUUUGGAAGUCUUUUCUGAGUUAUUUUAAAGAUAGUUGGGGUCUCACAAGAAGUUAAGAAGAGUUUCUUAAUAGUCACAACUUAAUUUGUACUCCAAGUACCCACUUCAGUCACCUAUUUUAUUCCCAGUGCCUUUGGUCCAGAUGAAAUUAGGCAGUUUUUAAACAUCCAACCCAACUUGAACAGACGAAAGUUGUACCUCAAAGGAGGUUAUCUUCGAGCAGGUUCCACUAAGUGUCUGGCGAGUAGUCUUGUGAUUGUUGUGGGAGCAUAACCCCCAAACAAGACUGCUUUAAUAUUGCUUCUGAUUUCUGGUGAUUUGAUUAACAAUUAAAAUGAGUCAACCACUUGAAUUUAUAACUACAUUUAAAUUGUAAUGAGGGAGCUGAGAAAAUGAGGUCGGUGGAACACUUGGGUGUGAAUGAGCCAGUGCUCUGAGGCGAGAGAAUGGGAUUCUCCUGUCUGUGUUUGUGUGAAGCGCAGCGGACAUGCAGCUCACCCACCGAGAGGGCUGGUCGCGCCGGACUGACUCCGAACACUGUAUUUGUUGGGCUGGUCGUGGCUAUUUAAAAAAACAAAAAAACAAAAAAAACCCUCGUUUUCCUUUUGUGUAGUAGUGAUUUUUUUUUUCCUGCUCAAAACCUCCAGAAAGAUUUUUAUGUGACAAAAUAACUGUAUAAUCAGAGACUCUGUAGAAUGGUAAGACUGCCCUAAGAAACUUUCAGGAACACUCAAAGGAACAGCCACCUUGUGGGAAAGAAACUAGUCUGGUAGCUGUGGUCUUAUCACUAGCUGCUUUUAGCAGAAGUCUUUAAACAAAGAAAUUAAAACUACUUACUAAUGUAUUUUGGGAAGAUGUAUUGAUACCUGCCCCCCCCCCCCCCCCCCGCUAAAAUUAUUUUCAGUUACUGGAUGAUACCUUUUUCCUUUGAAAAGUAGUAAGUUUAAAUUUUCCUGUGAGAAAUAUUAAGGAUAGUAACUAUUUUUAGAGUGUUAUCCAAGAGAACAAGUAAGAUCUCUGAUUUUGCCAUAAAUUUAUUAGGUGUUUUUAUUCUCAAGGAAAAGGAGAAUAAAAUUAUUAGUGAAGGAAAA